ACUCUCAGUCGUAAUUGAGCAACGUGACGUGCAUAACGCUGUGGAAAUUGUUAGCCAAGAUGUUGAACAAGUAUUAUAUUUUGACCUGUAUGGCGCUGCUGGAGCUCGCCCAGGCGCAGCGUCCCUCCUUUGCGGGAUCUCGCCCGCCAGACGGCCUCAACCAGAAGGAUAAAUAUCAAGGCACCAAGAAUACCGCCGUGGAGAACAACGCAGGCGUAGCGAUUGCCUCUAGAUUUGGCGAAGACACAGUUCCUCAGCAGUCGCAAAUUGUUACCCUAGCCUACGGAGCAGUACAAAAGCCGCCUAUGGGUGUGCCACUAGUUUUCCCCAUUAGCAACAGUGCUGAGCCAACCUCAGUGGUAAAUCGCUUUGCUGAACCAGAACCAGCAGCACCAACGUCAACUAUUGCAUCAGGAUCAGCUUCCACACCGAGUGUCAUCUUUAGCAGCAGUUCGAGCAGUAAUGUAAAUCCCAUGCCUAGUGGCAAUGCGCUGCCCAUCGACGCACAUGGUGAUCGGAAUCUUGUAAAUCAUAUAAGCCAACUGCCGGCGGAUAACCAACCAUUCUGGUUUCUCAACUAUCAGGCUAUUGAGGCACUAAGGAACAACUCGAAGCCAAAUGUGGGCGCACUCGAAACACGGGGAUCUUUCUUUGCCGGCUAAUCAGCAUACACAUACAUACAUAUUAAGCAUUCAAGUUUUUUUUUAAGUUACUAUACAACAAACACAUAUAUUUAGUAGAUGUUUAUCAGCGAAAAUACUACUAUACAUCAGCGGGUAUGUACCCGCAUAUUACAUAUAUUCAUUGAUAUUGACGCGAAAAUCACGAAUUCGGAAAUACCAAAGUCACAAGCAAUUAAAUGUUAAUUUUCUUAAUAUAAUGAGAUUGCAGUUGUGGUUUCA